AAUGUUCGCGAAGUGGGUUGGGGAUUAUAUUACGCAUCCCUUGUAUCAUUCGCUUCUCGAAUUGAAGUGCAUUCCAUUCCUUGAAAGCGAACCGAUUGUUUAUGACGAGGAGCACCGACUGCAAAAUUUGGAAUUAUUUAAAGCCAGAGACGUGAUGCACUGUCCAGUUAUUACUAUAACUCCUCGCGAAACAGCCGCUCAUCUUGCACACCUUUUACUCGAUACUACUCACGGAGGAUUUCCGGUAGUGAAGCAUCACGAAGAAGCUAACGGGGAAGUUGCGUAUGGGUUAUUAACAAGGGUUGAAUUAUGUAUGAUUCUAAAAGAUGAAUCUAUACAUAGAGCUGAUCCAGGCAGCACUCUUACGCCUAGCUUAACAUAUGAGGAAGUGGCUGUGGAUCGUUUAUCUGGGACCAGUCAUGUUUUGGCUUUAUUAGAAAAAUACGCAGAUACUCCUAGAUAUAAGGAAAUUUACGUGGAUUUGGAACCUUAUAUUAAUCGUUCGGCACCUCACAUAGAAGAAAACUUCGCACUCCAUCGAACAUAUAUUAUCUUUCGAACUUUGGGCUUGAGACAUCUGACGGUAGUUGAUAUAGCUAAUAGAGUAGUGGGAAUUGUCUCUAGGAAGGAUCUAAUGGGCUUUAAUCUAGAAGAAAAACUAGAGGCGAGAAAAAGGAGAGGUUUUAGUAUUUCCGGCGCCGCGCAAGCACCCACGAUACCUUCAGCAAAUUGUGGACCAACUAUGGUUUAA